AAUGGUAGGCUUUACGUCCCGCCUUUGAGCACUUUGAGACUGUUUAAAGUUGCACUUUGAUUUCCCCCUUUCUAUCUAAAAUCCAACUCCCCUCAUUUUAAAUUGGACAUUUGCAUCACUCUGAUUGGGACCACAGAACAGCGCCAGAGGAGCCAUGGCUUCUGGAACAGCACUCAUUUAUGAUGAUGAAAUGAGAAACCAUAAGCUAAUUUGGGAUGAUCCAAUCUGUGAGAUUGAAGUACCUGAGAGACUCUGUUCUUGCUACGAGCAACUUCAGGGUUAUAAUCUGAUCGAAAGAUGCACAUCUGUACCUGUCAGAGAAGCCACUGAAGAUGAGAUCAUGCUGGUUCACAGUUCAGACUACUUGGAAAUUGUAAAAAGCACUGAGAAAAUGAAGCAAGAAGAACUCCGGAAAAUCUCUGCUGAUUUUGAUGCUGUUUACUUCCAUCCAACUACAUACCUCUGUGCCAAAUUGGCUGCCGGAGCCACACUGGAACUGGUGGAUGCAGUGAUGUUGGGAAGAACUCGUAACGGGAUGGCUUUAGUAAGGCCUCCGGGUCACCACAGCCAGAGAAAUGCAGCCAAUGGGUUCUGCAUAUUCAACAAUGUUGCUAUUGCUGCAAAAUAUGCCCAAAAGAAAUAUGGUUUGGAGAGGAUUCUUAUUGUUGACUGGGAUGUACAUCAUGGCCAAGGAAUUCAGUACAUAUUUGAUGAAGAUCCAAGUGUUCUCUAUUUUUCCUGGCAUCGAUUUGAGCACCAGCAGUUCUGGCCUUCUCUCAAGGAAUCGGAUUAUGAUGCUGUUGGACAGGGAAAAGGGAAGGGAUUCAACAUAAAUGUACCUUGGAAUAAGGUCGGAAUGGGAAAUGCGGAUUAUGUUGCAGUAUUUCUUCAUGUAUUGCUCCCAUUGGUUUUUGAGUUUGAUCCAGAGCUUGUUUUGGUCUCUGCUGGUUUCGACUCUGGAAUUGGGGAUCCAGAGGGUCAGAUGUGUGCUACACCUGAAUGUUUUGCCCACCUUACUCAUUUCCUAAUGCAUCUAGCAAAAGGAAAAUUGUGUCUGGUUCUAGAGGGUGGAUAUCACCUGAGGUCACUCUCUGAAUCGGUUUGCAUGACUAUAAAAACUCUGCUUGGAGAUCCGUUGCCCCGUUUGUCUGGAGAAAUGGCACCAUGCUUAAGUGCACUAGAAUCAAUCCAUAAUGUGAGAGCUGCACACAAGACAUACUGGAAAUGUUUGCUGCAUGAAGGCACAACUCCAUUGCAAGACCUCAGCACCAGAUCCCAUCUGACAGGGAAAGUAGAGCCUGCACAAACUCCGCAAGAGGCAAAGAAAGAUGAGGUCAUUGAAACAGAUAGGUUUUUGGACCAGCAUAUGAAAAAUAUUGCGUCCUUGAAAUCGCCUUUCAGAAUAGCAGUAGCUCUUGAUGAAAGUGAUUCACAUUUGCUACCACCGUCUGUUCAGAUCGAGAAGGGAACAGAUGCAAAGGAGCUACGGACCACAAGCAGCGUAUUUGAUUCUAAACUUCUGAAAGAGGAAAAGGUCUUGAAGAUGUUGGCUUUUCUGGAAAAAAUAAUUAAAAAGGAGGUGACCAGUGGCCUUGCAACAUCACCUGUAGUUUCGGAAUCCUUGGCUAUUGUUCUAAAACACUGCAGCAGCCUGAAGGUACAAAAGGUCCUGUGUGUAUUUGUCGGUGACAUGGAUAUGAAAAUUGACUUGGAGGAUGGAAAAGUGCUUUUGAUUAAUAUCUCUGCUAAGCAAUUGGAACGAUCUAACACCAAAUAUAAUAUAUUUCUCCACUGGAAGGAGAAAGAUCUUGAAACAACCACCUUCAUCUCCGCUCUCACUGGACUUAUUCUUCCGGUGGCAUAUAGCUAUCAGCCUGAUCUAACUGUUGUCAUCAUUGGGCAAAACCAGAGCCUCAGUCAAAAUGGCAUUUCUUUACUUAUCAGUUUACUGCAAGGAUUAGCACAGUCUCAGGUUCUUGUUCUGAUUCAGGAGUCAGAAUCAAAACUAUUGCAAGAUGUAAUCAAGCUAUUGAUGGGAGACUUUACACCUUUUUUGGGAAACUACACCCCUGCUUCAAAAGAGAAUGUACAAAUGCUAACGGAAUUAAGACAACAGCUUCAGCAGGAAUGGAAAAUGCUCCAGUGUUCAGCAGAGGUUUCCAGUGCUGAAAAAUGAAAUUUACUUGGCUGUUGUUUUGGUUGCAGUUGUCGUAAAUAGAACGUAAAGGAGGAGAAAACGGAGUCUUACUCAAUACCAAAAAAAUGAAGAAUGAACUAUGCAUCAUGAAUGACAGUGAAAGGCCCAUUGGAAACCACAUUCUUUGUAGAUAUACGCAUAUUGUUCAUUUGUUUGUAUAUUGAAAUAUAUAAUUAAUUACUAAAUUGGAAGCGACCAGAAGGGCUAUCCAGGCCAAGCCCUUGCCAUGCAGAAAUACAUAAGUUAAGCACUCCCGACAGAGUUUUAGUUUGUUGCCAACAUGCUGCCGAAAAGACCACCUUACUUGCUAUGUCUCUGAAGAAUAUUUUAUCCAUUGUAGGAGUGCAACUUUGGUUCAGCCUUCAAAAGAAAAUGGACGUUCAAAAAAAUCAGGUUCACUGCUAAAUGGAUUAAUGUCUGAUUUUAUCCCAUCACAUGUUUACUUUGGUCAAUUAUACCUGUCAAAAGAUUAGAUGCAUCCUGUUACACAGAAAGUACAGUAUGGCGGAUUAUUAAUACUACUGGAACAUUUAUUCUCUUAUGGGCAGUGAUUAUUGUCAGAGAUAGCUGUGACAUAGUUUUGAUGAACAGCUGCUAUAUAGUUGAGGUGACACUUUGUAGUUUGUUCCUAUUAUUCUAAAUUUUGUGUGAUUUACCAGUAAAGAACAAAGAAGGAAAACAUUAGACAUUGAUGUCUAUGGACAUAAAAUUCAUAAAACAGCUGUCAAAAUGAUCAGGAGUCUAGAUUAACCUCUCUUCAAAGAAAGGUUAAAACUUUUGAGAUUAUUUGGUUUUGACCAAAUUUAAAUAAAGUGGGGGGCAUGUUGUGGAAUAUGUGUUCCAAGUGUGAUUGAGAUCUACCGAUGUCUGGGUUCACAGUGCUCUCUGGAUGCAGGUGAACCGCAACUCCCCCAAAUCAAGGUGAAUUCCCCCCCCCCCCAAAGACCUCCAGUAUUUUUUGCUGGUCAUGGGAGCUCUGUGUACCAAGUUUGGUCCAGUUCAUCUUUGGUGGAGUUAAGAGUGCUCAUUGAUUGAAGGUGAACUAUAAAUCCCAGUACCUACAACUCCAAAAUGUUCGGGCCAAUUCCCCUCAAAACCCACCAGUAUUCAAAUUCGGGCAUAUCUGGUAUGCAUGUCAAGUUUGGUCCAGAUCCAUCAUUGUUUUGGUUCAUAGUGCGCUCUGGAUGUAGGUGAACUAACAACUUCUAUAAAUCCCUCCAAAGACCUCCAGUAUUUUUUGCUGGUCAUGGGGGCUCUAUGUGCUAAGUUUGGUCCAGUUCAUCUUUGGUGGAGUUAAGAGUGCUCAUUGAUUGAAGGUGAACUAUAAAUCCCAGUACCUACAACUCCAAAAUGUUCAGGCCAAUUCCCCUCGAAACCCACCAGUAUUCAAAUUCGGGCAUAUCUGGUAUGCAUGUCAAGUUUGGUCCAGAUCCAUCAUUGUUUUGGUUCAUAGUGCACUCUGGAUGUAGGUGAACUACAACUUCUAUAAAUCCCUUCAAAGACCUCCAGUAUUUUUUCUUGGUCAUGGUGGUUCUGUGUGCCAAGUAUGGUCCAAUUCCAUCUUUGGUGGAGUUCAGAGUGCUCAAUGAUUGCAGGUGAACUAUACAUCCCAGCACCUACAAUUAUAAAUCAUGGUGAAUUCUCCCCAAAACUCUCUAGUUGUAUGUUCAGUUGCUGAUCAAUUCCUCUGUUUUCUCUGUGCCAUAGAAAAGAAUAGGAAAGGGUUAAGGGAGAAGCAAUGGGCAGGAUCAUGCAAAUUCCACAACCAUAGAGUAAGAUACACUGAGAUAUCUGUGGUGGAGGAAACACCUACAACUUUGGAUUAAAUUGUCCCCAUAUGAAAGCCUUCAUUUGGGUGGGGGGCAGAAUGAUGUUUGUGAAGGACAUCAGCAGAACUCUUGGACAUGAUCAUGGCGCUCACUAUAACCUGCAAUGUCAUUGGAGGGAGGGCCAUUGGUGGCUCCUGAAUAAUAGGAAUUAUAGCUGUUUGUGGAGGCAGUAGCUUGUCUGUGUAAGUGUCUGUGUUCAUCCCUGCCCAAAAAAAAUUAUGAAAACUUUAGAAAAGCAACUUAGUCCAAAUAAAAUGUGUUUGUGUGCUAGUGCAAUUCAAUAGUGGUCUUACUGAAAGUAUUAUGUUAAUGCAUAUGGUAAAUUAAGAACCUUUAUUGAUACAAAUAUAAAUUCUGAACGUAUAUUUUGAUAACUGUCUAUAAAUGUACGUAACAGUUUUAGUUAAGGAAAUGUUUUUCAUUUUAGUGAUUGAAUGUAUAUAUUUUACAAAUAGGCAUUUCUGUCUUUACUCAAUUAACUUUUGAUCAUAUGAUAAGAUUGAUCAGCUUCUACUUGUAAGACACAAAUCUACUUUGAAAUGUUUUAUUCAGUAUGGCUACCGACAUCCCUUGAAUAUUAAUAAAGUGGCUUAACAUUAUAAAA